UGGGAACCCCGGGGGGGGCGGGGCCUCGCGGCCCUGCAGCCUCGUCAGGCUCAGUCCCCUCCCGAUAAACCCCUAAAUAGGGACUUUCCCGGGGGGUGACCCUGGCUUUUUUGGCGAAAACCCCCAGUUUAAGGAGGCCUUCCCCCUGGCUUCACGUUGUGGAGUCGAAAGGAACCUUGAAGCGGAGAAUGAGAGAGCUCGUGACGUGGAUCCGAGGAAAAAACCUGCCAACCAGGAUUUAAUAGAAUUCGGCUCUUUUCAGGCUUUGGAGGGAAGGCGGUUUGAACGGAAUUUCAAUGAAAAACCCGAUCGUUUCUGCUUUUUUUUUUUUACCCCCUCGCUCAGGUCUCGUCACGUGAUGGUCCUACUUUAUUUUUAAAAAUUAAAUGGCGCAUAUUCCCCAGCAUCCUAAAUCUAGUGCAACCUAGUGGCAAGUGAAGAAAAAAAAUAACUGCCAACCCGGCUUCCUGCGAGGUCCCCCGGGGGUUCUCGCAAAGUUGCUACCCAACUGGCAAAAAUAAAGGGUAUGCAAAGACUCAACUGGACGUUGCCACCAGGAAUCAAGAGAUUUUGGGGGACUUUGGCAAGAAAACGUUAUCUGUAAAAGCCCUGCUCCAAAGCUGGUGACAAAUGAAUACUGCGUUUCCAGUGACAGGUUGGGCGAGCAGAAAGGAGACCUUAUGACACCAUGCCACAAAGAGAGUGAUCUCUUCCCCUAUUUUUACAAUGGAGGACUCUGGAAAGACUUUCAGCUCCGAGGAGGAAGAAGCUAACUAUUGGAAAGAUCUGGCAAUGACCUACAAACAGAGGGCAGAAAAUACGCAAGAGGAACUCCGAGAAUUCCAGGAGGGAAGCCGAGAAUAUGAAGCUGAAUUGGAGACGCAGCUGCAACAAAUUGAAACCAGGAACAGAGACCUCCUGUCCGAAAAUAACCGCCUUCGCAUGGAGCUGGAAACCAUCAAGGAGAAGUUUGAAGUGCAGCACUCUGAAGGCUACCGGCAGAUCUCAGCCUUGGAGGAUGACCUCGCACAGACCAAAGCCAUUAAAGACCAAUUGCAGAAAUACAUCAGAGAGCUGGAGCAAGCUAACGACGACCUGGAACGAGCCAAGCGUGCCACGAUCAUGUCUCUCGAAGACUUUGAGCAGCGCUUGAAUCAGGCCAUCGAAAGAAACGCCUUCUUGGAAAGUGAACUUGAUGAAAAAGAGAAUCUCCUGGAAUCUGUUCAGAGACUGAAGGAUGAAGCCAGAGAUUUGCGGCAGGAACUGGCCGUGCAGCAGAAGCAGGAGAAACCCAGGACCCCCAUGCCCAGCUCAGUGGAAGCUGAGAGGACAGACACAGCUGUGCAGGCCACGGGCUCUGUGCCGUCCACGCCCAUCGCUCACCGAGGACCCAGCUCGAGUUUAAACACGCCCGGGAGCUUCAGACGUGGCCUGGAUGACUCCACUGGGGGAACUCCCCUCACGCCUGCGGCCCGGAUAUCAGCCCUCAACAUCGUGGGAGACCUACUGCGGAAAGUUGGGGCACUGGAGUCCAAACUCGCUUCCUGCCGGAACCUCGUGUACGAUCAGUCCCCAAACCGAACAGGUGGCCCAGCCUCUGGGCGGAGCAGCAAGAACAGAGAUGGUGGUGAGAGACGGCCGAGCAGCAGCAGUGUGCCUUUGGGCGAUAAGGGGGAUCUUUUUCCCACUGACGGGAAUGCUGGACAGCCCCCAUACCCGAGAAUAAUGCAGCCCAGAUGGCAGCAGUGCCGAGGGGGAGAGAGGAGGAGCAGAGCAUGUCAGCAAGGAGGUGAAGUGCCAGGGGGCAGUGUUGCUUCAGUGGAUGCCAUGAAAACUCAGUGAUGCAAUGAAGGAGAGGCUGGAGGAGACAGUGGGGAUAGCCCCUUCCUCCUCCUCACCUGGAGGAAGGGAUAGGAGAUGGUCGAUCAUUAAAGAAACUAGAAGGUAAGCUGUUACCAGGCAGGGCCCCGGUCUGAUCUGGGCCUGCCUCAGUGCCUGGCCCACAUUAAGCUUAGUGAUUAAGGAGGAGC